GCCGUGGGGAGCUGCGCCUUCCCCCGCCCCGCGCGGAGAGCUCGGCACGACGGGGGACACGUCGCCGCGCGCCCCCACACACGUGGCUCUCCUCCCCCGCCCUCUUUAUACCAACCCCCGGCAACCACCACCGUCUCGCCUGCAUCGCUCGCCGCCGCAUCCACCACCACCACCGCUUCGACGCACGCACGUAGCCGCGAGGCUUGUGGAGAGAGUAAGGAGAAGGAUGAGCAGCAGCAGGCUGGACACCUGGACGCUCAAGGAGGAGGUGGCGAGCAUGGACAAGCGGUGGCUCGUCGACCUCGGCCACCCGCUCGUCAACCGCGUCGCCGACAGCUUCAUCCGCGCCGCCGGCGUCGGGGCCGCGCGGGCCGUCUCGCGGGAGGCCUACUUUGUCACCGUCGAAGGGCUUGGAGGGGACACGGCCGGGCUGGACAACGCCGUCAAGAGGAGCAAUUUCUCGAGAGGGGAUGAUGGCCAGAAGUCGCUUGAUGCCGUGGUAAAAUCCGCUGGGAAGGAGGCUUUCCAGUGGGGAUUGGCGGCCGGGGUGUACUCUGGACUGACGUACGGCCUGAGAGAGGCCAGAGGGUGCCAUGACUGGAAGAACAGUGCGGUCGCCGGCGCGAUCGCUGGCGUGGCGGUGGCGCUGACGGGGGACACCGGGAACGCCGACCACAUGGUCCAUUUCGCCAUCACCGGCGCCGCGCUUUCCAGUGCGGCGAGCCUGCUCUCCGGCAUAUACUGAUCGAGCCUGAAGUGCGGGAGGGGUUUAGGAUUAUGGAUUUGUAGGAAAUGUUCUCAUCAGAUGCACCCAUGAUGUGUAGUCCCCGUCGCCGCGUUCCUUUUAUUUGUCUUCCUUCGAAACAAUCCCAAUGUUAGUGUAAGCUAGCUAGCUAGAGCUAGAACAAGCAAAAACUCCAGAUGUAAGGCUAGCUACUUAGUUUAUGUUUAUGUUUCAUGGCACAACAAAGUACUUUUGGAGUUCGAAUCCUCCUCAUGGCUAAAGCCCUGUUUGUUUGUU